CUAUACACUGCUGCAAUUAUUUUCAUGGUAAAAUGAUGCCAGGAGUCUCAGUCUGUAUUGCGCUGAGAACUAAAACGCAUCUUCAAGAUUGGCACUGGUAAAUAAAGAACACCAGAAGAACGAAAAUGAUACAUCUUUUAAGUAUGAUAGGCAUCAUAAUGUUAUGUAUAAGUACCUUGGUAUGUGCCGGGCAGUUACAAGGACAAAUUCACGAGUUCAAAGAAUUUCACGAAAGUCGCUCAUCAAAAACAUCCCAUGAACAAAUUCCAAGACCAGCAGGGAUUCCACAACAGCAGCAGAUGAGAGCUACUACUUGGUCUGAAAACCAUAUGGAGGAAGUCUAUGCUUUUGCCGAAAUGAUUCGUCAACAGUAUAAUCGUAUAAUAGCACCCCACGAUUUUAUGAUCAGUACUCUACAGCCAUAUGAUACAUGGAAUAACUUUUUAAGUAUUCAACAACAACGUCGAGCUGAAGAAAUAUCUCAACAACUGGUUCAUAAUCUCCGGAAAGGUACCUUGUCCCCAAACGACGUAAUGAACUCGACUUUUUUCGUUCAGCUAUCAGCAAAUGAACUUAAUCAGAUGUACGCUUAUGACAAUCAAGAAAUCCAUCAACAACAUGAUGCAUCCUUGAACAUCGAAAAUAAUGAACAGCAGUUCCAACAUCAAACAUCAUUCAUCGAAUUUGAAAAUGUUGAGCCACGUGAAAAUCAAAUUCCUGUUGCGGUUUAUACCGACACUGUUAAUGCACCUUCUAACAUAAUUGAGAUAUACAAUCCCAUUACUCAGCAAUUAGAGUACUAUGUAAAACAGCAUACCGAUUUUGGUGGUAGUUAUGAUCAAUCGUACGAUCAAUUAGUACAGGUACGCGAAAGUGUACCUACUCAAAAAUAUGGCGAAAAUAUACCGAAAGCUACUAUCACACAAAAAUCCGCUUCAAGUGAAGGCUAUUACUCUACCACUUACGAGCAGCAACCAAUUGAUAAUAUGCAAAUAACCCAAAACGUAACUGAAUCUACUGUUAACACUUCGAAAGUUAUGUUAUUAGUUCGGCAAAAAAACACACAAAAGCCACCAACCAUGUCAAACAACACAUCAUUCACCGAAGCUACAACUGUCAGUAAUAUCAUGUCCAUGCUUCCUCACAAGCUCCAGACCCUAAACUAUACAGACAUUCACCGUAAAAUUUUACACGAAAUUAACAAACAUCUAAAAAAUGAAAAUGAAACUGCACAAGAAGAAACGCAUUUUAUUGGCAUGACCAGCAACGCAGAGCAUGAAAAAUUAUCUUAUAAUACAAACGAUGUUUCUGUUCAGUACCAGAAUCGUGGUGAUCAACCAAGUACUGCAGAGGAUUUCAUUUCAGAAAACGUUACCGAAUCUGAACCGGGUAUUGGUAGCUAUGUGAUAUACUCGAAACCAUCGGUAUCAAUAGAGUUAUCUAGUUCAAACGCAUCCAUCAGCAAUGAAUCCUACUCACCUACGCAAAAACCAAAGUUUACGGAGAAACAAAAUUUACCGUAUAACGCUGUAUUAGCACAGAUACCGACAACAACGACAAGGCAGCUAAAUGUAAACUAUUUUGCACCUUUAGCAGAAUUUCCCACAUCUAUGCAUAAUUUCUCAUCGGAGGUUACACAUUAUGCAGGCGGAUCAGAAAUAAAUGAGUUAAACCAGGAAACACAACAAAAAAUAAUUAAUCGCAACCCUAAUGGCACAGCGGAUAUUAUUCGUGAUGGCAGUGAUCAAAUGGAAUAUGAAGAAAUUACAGAAACCGCAUAUUUAGAGGAUACACAACUAUUAGACAACAUGCAGCAGUUUGAAGACGUACAACAAUCGUAUGUGGAAAUUGGAGCGGAGUGGAACGAGCUGCAGCAAGUAAAGACGGAGAAUUAUGGGCCGUUGAUACAGGUUUCGCGACAAGAAAAUAAUCAGAUACCUCAACAGACAAGUAGAAAAUACGAUGAACUGUUGGCAGAUGUUGUUGACACUACAACGUCCCAAUCAAUCAAACUAAACACUGAUAAAACUAAAAAAAAUUGGUUCCAGCGACAAUGGGAUAAAAUUAAAAAUUUGUGAUAAAAAUGUGGUCGAGUGGUUUGUUGCAUUUUUUAAGUGUAAUUGUGUGUGUGUUGUACAAUGAUAACAGUCACUGUUUGUGAUUUAUGAACAUCUUCGUACUAGUGUAAAUUGUACACCACAAAAAUAUGUUUCCUUAAACCUAAACAAAAUAAAAUAAGUGAAAUAUGUUAACAACAGGUUAAUAA